CUCAGGCAAGGCGUUUGAUGUUUGAUUAACGGUUGACUUUCGCGGUAAUAAUAAGCUGAAUAAGCUCUGUGAAAUUAAUUAAAAUGCCUCCCAGAAAAAGGGAACGAGAACCAGACCCCCUAAAAACCCCCCGAAUUGAUCACAUACAGGCAGAUCAUGAGUUAUUUUUACAGGCUUUCGAAAAGCCUACACAAAUAUACAGAUAUUUGAGGACAAGGAACUUGUGUCUGCCCAUUUUCCUCAACAGAACUUUAACCUACAUGAAAGACAGAAUGUCAAGAACUCACAAAGGAAGACGAGGUUUUAAAGUAGACACGUUAUUGGAUAAGGUGAUCGCUAGAAAAGACUCUAUGACAAUUCAGCCUGGUUACAUAAACCUAACAUUUCUAGGUUUUAACAAUAAAUCUUUGGAUUAUGAGGCUCAGUUAGCUCAAGUCGAAACAGUGCUAUUAAAAAUUAGCCACAAGAAACGUAAAGAUAGUUCUUCCCCUAGUAUGCAGGUUGUCUUGGGAACAGCUGAUGUGCCCAUUAAUCCAGAUGAUCAGCAUCUACCUUUAACUUCGCCAACAAUCAGUAUCCCUACUGAAUCAUUUAAUCCAUCCAGUGGACCUUUGAUAAAAUCGUUUAUUUUGUUGUUUAAAGUUAAAGUAGUACCAGAUAAAGAGCUUGACGAUGAACCGGCUUCAAAGAAAAGAAAAUCUAAUGGACUCACAGAUAAUUCCAAGCUGUAUGGUGCAGAACUUACUAUUUAUGAUAAGCACAAUAGGUGUUACUUAAGCGAUGGAGAUUAUGACAUUGUUGUACAUGAUGUGACUCCAAAUUCUAAAAAUUCUAUAAAGAAGCACUCCAGUUGGGAAAAUCUACAAGAUCUAGCAGAAGCAUGUGACAACCUGGAAGCUUUUAUGAAUGGUGCAGUGCUUAAAUUUAAACUUAACUGGUCUCCUAAAGCGUAUGAUAAAUACGUAGAUAGACCACAGUCUUAUCCCCUGAUUGAUAAUAAGGAAAACAUACCUCUGGCUGUAAAUGGCAGUACUGAAGAAAAAUUGCAAAUUGUAUACCAAUUUGUUUAUAACAAUAAUUCCCGUCAGCAGACUGAAGCCUGUGAAGACUUACAUUGUCCUUGGUGUAGUCUAAACUGCAACCAAUUGUAUACUCUACUUAAACAUCUAAAACUUUGCCAUUCAAGAUUUACAUUCACUUACGUUCCAAUACCUGUUGGAGCUAGAAUAGAUGUAGCUAUAAACGAAAUGUAUGAUGGUUCCUAUACUGGUUCUCCACAUGACUUAAUAUCACAACCAACAGUUUGUGCUUUCUCCAGAAAUGGGCCAGUUCGUCGUGCUUCAGUAACACAUAUCUUAGUAUGUCAUCCAAAAAGAUUAAAACCCAGUCUCUCUGAAUUUUUAGAAUUGGAUGAUUGUGAAUUUGAUGGACAGCGGCCUUUCAUUACAGGACAUAAUAGAUUGUACCACCAUACAACCACGUGCCUACCUAUUUACCCUAAAGAAAUGGAUGUCGAUUCAGAAGGAGAAAAUGAUCCUGAAUGGUUACAAAAUAAGACCAGAAUGAUGAUUGAUGAAUUCACAGAUGUGAACGAAGGAGAAAAAGAACUGAUGAAGAUGUGGAACUUACAUGUAAUGAAAUACGGAUUUGUAGGUGACUGUCAACUUCCGAUAGCUUGCCAAAUGUUUGUUCAACAUAAAGGUAAAGAACUGCUUUUAAAAAAUUUGUAUCGAAAUUUUGUAGUACAUAUGACAAGCCUCUUCGAUUUUGGACUCGUAAGUGCAGUUUGUAUGUACACUACUCUCCAAAAACUGCAAGAGCUCGUAGGUGAUACUGGUCCGAUACGUAAUGUUCUCAAGGAAUCCAGAGAAGCUCAAUUGGAUAAUUGGUCAAGAACUGGAAAUGUUGUUGAGAAAUCUAGCUCUUUGAAAACCCCAACUGCUGGAAGAAAGGCUGGUAAUGUAGGCAUUCAAAGAAGAAAAGGCGCACCUACUCCUCAAUGUGAUACUAUCACAAGAAGGAAAUCAGUUUGUGGAGAGACAUCACGGAAGAGACUAAAUCUGACUGUAAAUAAAGGUGACCAAAAAUCUAGUUAAUAAGAGUAAGUUUAUAUAGUUAGAUUGACAGACAAUAUAUAAAGUCUUUUACAUCUACCAAAAA